UCGCCGAUAAGAAAUCGAUCGAGGACAACUUCAAACCUCGGAGCUUGUUUUUGUUUCUUUUGCCACGGCGAACUCUUCCGACCGCGUGUCGUCAUAACCCAGAAAGAAUUUUCAAAAUUCCUCGAUCGAAAUCGAAAGUGUCCCGGCCGUCAUGAUCCUGCUUCCCGAAAACUACUACCUGAACUGCCUCUGCAGGCGAGAAUCCCGCUGCAGGCCGGAAGUCUUCGGCCGCAAAGAGGACGGCAAAUGCGAGCCACCGGCGAAGAAGGCCGCGGAAAACAAGUGUCCACCGGCGAAGGUCAAGCCGGGAGCGAAAUCCAGCUGCCCCAGCAAACCGGAGCCGGUUCCGCAGCAGCAACAGCCGAGCUCCUGCGGUUGCGGACGCCGCAACGCGGGAAAAUCAAAAAGACCGCCUCGCUCUCGAAACCCCUUCAUAAUAUUUUACCUGACGAUGUACCGCAAGCAACCAGGCCGAAAGAUAACCGACGUGGCUCGCGAAGCUGGAAAACUGUGGUGUGGCAUGUCUCCGGAGGACAAGGAGGUCUACCGGAAGAUGGCCAGGUUGGAGCAAAAACGCCGACAGCGCAAGUCGAGAAGACGCCGACACAAGUGCCGACGUUGAGUUUUAUACGCAGGGAGUGGUGGGGAGGGUUUUACCCGGACGGAUGUUACGCGCCGCUGCUGCUGCUGCUGCUGGGAGAGAAUUGAAGAGACUGGAAUUUCGGAGCGAAAUAAAAUAAAAAAUACGUUUCUCGUGA